CCAUGGUCAGCGCCAGAGCCCUCCUCCUCGCCGUGGCGGUCUGCUGCUGCACCGACUUCCUGUGGCCGGCUCAGGCCGAGGAUGCCUCCAUGGAGACGCGCUCCUUGGACUUCCCGCUGAAAAGACAACAGGAGAAAGACCUGAUUGAUGCUUUACAAGAAGUCCUGGAGAAGUUGAGGAACAAAGAGACGCCGUCUGAGAAGAAGCUUGGCUGGCUUCCAUCGUGCGACGCGGGGGAGCCCUGUGCCGUGCGGAAAGGCGCACGUAUUGGCACGCUGUGCAGCUGUCCCAGGGGGACUUCCUGUAACUUUUAUGUCCUCAAGUGUUUGUGAAAAAAAAAAAAGAGCAGUCAUGAUAAAAAAAAAAAAAAGAUAAAAGAAAGGACAUCAUCAGGGGGUUGGUGAGCAAACAUUUGUUAAAGCCUCUUUUUUAAGUGAAAUGAAAAUUGUUGUGAUUUUUUGCAAAUUUCGAAUGGGGAGUGUUGGUGUUUAAUAUAAUAAAUUUGAUGUUGUUAUAAAAGCCAAAAUACCAUUGGAUGGUGGUGUGGUUGUGUGGCCUUGCAUAACAUUUGUGAUUAAAAGAAGAAACAAUUUUGUGUAUUUUAUCAUCGCCUAAAAUAUGAAGCUGAAGGAAGAUAUUUUUCUAUACGCAUCCCUUGUUGGUAUGUUCUUUUAUUGACAUAAUUCAUUUUUGGAUUAGUAGCAAUAAUUACAAAUACUUACAUUAAAAAGGUAUGAUUUUUAAAUUCAACUCAUAUUGUUUAUACAUGUAUACUACAUAAAAUACUAUAUAGAGUAGGGCUGUCAAACUCAUUUUAGCUCACACUGCAAAAACUGAAAUCUAAGUAAGAUUAAAUAUCUCAA